AUGUACGGCCUCACUGCUGCCCUGUUUGCCGCGUCGGCCCUCGCCGCGCCAGCCACCAGCCCCGACAACUGGGCCUGCACGACAAAAUCGAGCAAGGUCACGGCGCUGCAGAUCAAGGACUUUGACUUUCACGCGAGCUAUACCUUCACCACGCCCGCGCACCAAAAUUCGUGGGGCUACGUCAACUUUACCCUCGCCAACCCGGCCGUCGACUACGAGUACCAGUGCUCGGCCGCGUCCAACCAGCUCCAAGACUUCUUCUACGGCAACAUUGACUACAACUGCACCGACGCUGCCGGCAACCCGACGACCUCGGGCACGUUUAGCUACUCGCGCCCGGCCGACACGCUCGCCAUCAACCAGACGUGGACGUGUGACAGCGAGGGCAGCCGCUUCUGGGCCGAGAGCGAGGCCAAGCUCGACCUGAAGUGCGAGGACACCACGUGGGAGAACCCCGACUGGAAGCAGGGCCAGAUUUACUCGGAUCGCACUAUUCGCUGCGACAAGGUGAACCAGGACGUGCCCCUGAAGAGCCUGCGCGCUAUUGCGUAG